AAUAAGUGCAAAUACUAGUGAAAAGUUAAAGCAGGAAACAUGGGAAAAAACUUAGAUUUUAGAAAUUAAAAAAGAAAAUGAAAAACAGAAAGUGACAAAAACACACACACGAUGAGAAAGAAAUAAAAGAGGAGCAGCUUUGUCCUUUUUCUUUUUUCCAAUUUUUCUUCAUUUUAGAGCUUAAAAGCCUUCUUUCUUCUAGCUUUCUCCGAAUUCCCAGAAAUAAAUUGCAGUUUGAGAAAAAUAACCCUUUUAGCCUAAAAAUCCCCUCAGAACAGAUCCCUUUGUCCUUGAAAAGAAAUUACUGUUUUUGUUUUGUUUUGGAAGAGAGAAGUUCUUGGUUGACUAAAGUUUAAAGGUUUUAUGGGGUCCAUAAAGAUUUCUGGGACAUCUUUAUUUGCCUCUCUCUUAUGUUCUUCUCUCUGAUACAACAAGCUAAAAAGCUUCUAGUUUUGGCUCUUCUUUUUUUUUUUUUUUUGCUAUUUGUUUCUUCAAAGGUUGUAUUUUGCUCAAACCCAAAUCUUUUGGCGUUUUGUUUUGUUUCUAGAUUUUCCUUUUCUCUUGUUGCUAGCUGUUUCAAUUGGUUUUAUUACAAAGGAGAUGCAAUCGGGUCGGCCACAAUCCGUGGUAAGUCCGAUUCCCCAGCGGAUUCACUCAUCUCAAGCAGCUGAUACCAGAGGGAAGCAUAGGAUACAAGCUGAACUCAAAAGGCUAGAGCAAGAAGCUAGAUUCUUAGAGUUCCAAAAGCUGCGACUUUAUGCAGUCUUGUAUGUUGAAUACAAAGGAAGAACUGGAGCUGAUAGAAAGGAUGGAGAAGGCAUCAGCUGCAUGCAAGGACACAAAUGGUCCUAUAAAUCCCAUGUGGGAUCAGUGGUUUGAAGGUCCCCAGGAAGCUCAAGGUUGCAAAUGUUGGAUACUGUGACAGUUUUUGCUGAUUUGAAGAUUUAACAGUUAUACAUCUUUAGUUUGGAGAGGCUUUGAUUUAUAGAGUUGUUACAAAAUAUUGGAGCUGUUUUACAGCAUUUUUUUCUCACAUACUGUUAUAACAACACUCUCUUCAUUGUCAAAUGUUAUAAGAAAAGCUUCAUUGUGCAGAAAA